AUGCACAAGACAUGUUUAAUAAAAUUAAUUAUGAUAUUAAUAAAACUGAUUAUUGCGGAGUAUAAAGAUCAUAUAAUAUAUUGGGAUGCUAGUAACUCAAUAUUUGAAGAAAACCCUGAUGAAUUGUAUGUCAAUGAGGGAGAUAAUUUAAUUUUUAUUUGUUCAACGAAUCGAACACAUGUACGAAAUCUUUACUGGACAAGUGAUCCUCGAGUAAAAAUGAAAUGCAAUAAAACAAUAUCAAUAAAUGUUAUCAGACUAUUAGAUUGCUUUAGUAAGAAAUCAUUAAAUGAAUUUGUACUUAAAGUUAGUCGAUUCCCGGAAAUCACAUCGCUUCCUACUUUUGAUUACAAUAUACCUGUACAUUUUAUAGCUCAUUCAUUUAUAUGCCAGAAAAAUAACAUCCGACUAAGUUUCAAGCUAGCAAAGAGUUCUCUGAAUGAUAAGAACAAUUCUCUUGUUUCUGAUGUUUUAAUGUUCCCUAUAUCAGAAUCGCAAUUGAUCGAUCAAAACAAAUCUGUGUCGAUUUUAAACAGAACAUUACAGUAUCAUUCAAAAACCAAAUUAGUUCUAGAAUCUUCAGUUACAUACAGAAAUCAUACUUCUAUUACCAAAGAACAAACAAUAGUCUGGAAAGAGUAUAAACUUUUACUUAUCCCAGCUAUAUUUGCAUUUCUUACAUUGAUUGGUAUAAAAAUUAUUCUAUGCAGUUUUUGGUUACCAAAUUCAAUUGUAAAUAAAUUUAUAGUUUACUUUAAAAAGUGUAAAUAUAGAAGAACAUCAAGAAGUCAAUCGAAUCAAACAUGUUACAAGCAUGAAACAAAAAAAUUGUUCUUAGACAAUGAUAUUUCUUCAAUGUCGAGAAUAGAUUCAUCAAAAGAAUGCAUCAGCAUAACAAGCCCAUAUCAAUGUAAAUGUUUAAUUGAACCGAUUGUAUUGCAUACAAAUUCUUGCACCAAGUGUACGCUGGAACAAAUUCAUCAAACAUAG